GUUGCCACACGACAGGACGGCCAAACGGGCGAUUGGAGAGGCACAAGACUCAGGCCUGGGCCAGAAGCGUAUCCGUCAGAUACACCGCUAAGCAAAUUAAUAAUCUUAAUUAAAGCGCUGCGUGACAAGGCCCCCUCUCCCCCCAACACACCUGUCCUCUCCAAUUUGCGAAAAAAUUAAACGAAAUAAUUCUCGAAAAUCUUUGUAUCUGUGUAUCGGAGAACUGAAAAGAGGCCGUCGUUUGGCGCUCUCGCAUCUCAGUUGCCAGUGGGCGAAAGACGCAACUGCUGCGACCUUGCAAUGCCCUUGAAUGACACUCUUAUUGCGACCAAGUCGCCAACGUUGCCACUCCAACGGGCGCUGCUACCACGGCUGCCACUCAGCGCUGGCAAAAAUAUUAACAUAAAUAAUAAUAAUAGCUAAAAAUCACAUAAACGCACAUAAGAAUAAAUGAAGCCCAAAACAAAACGCUGGGCUAAAUAAAAGUGAAAAUUCUAUUGAAGUCAACUAGUUUUCGCGUGCCUUCGUGAAAGCCGAACACAUCCGACGGGUCCUUAUCAAAGCCUUAACCCAAAUCAAAUCGAGUGAGUGCCGAUAAAAAGAAAAUAAAUAAAUUUGAAUUAAAGAUUCACAUGCUAAAAAAAAAUUAAAUUAAAAUAAAGGCAAACGUAUCUGAAAAAUCCUACAAAAGAAAGUGUUAUCUAACUAGCGCCCCCUGGCGGCUUGUAUACCUGAGUGUGAGUGCGCCGAAUGAAAGUGAAAGUUCUCGACGGGCGAUUAUCCUUCGGUAACCUUUCUCCCACAUCGGGUCACUUCCUUGCCAUCGAAACAUAAACGACAUCCGGGCACGCAAUAACCAAAACGCAACAUAUAUAGUAACUAUAUAUACCUAGAAUCGGUAUAUGUAGGCGAAAUUUAUGCCACAUCUCUUGACAAGCAAUUCUUUUUAUUGCUUCGCCGUCGAGCGCGAGAAAAGCACUGGCAAAGGCCAGAAAGGGAACGCCUUGGAAUAAUAUUAAAACAUCAGAUAUUCCGCAGAUCGGUUGCAGCAGACACGGUUGUGUGCUGACGUGACGUAAAUGAACGAUCCCGGCGAUAUACCACUGACACACACGGGUACUCCGGACAGCAGGCCGCCCUGCAGCAUCAUCUCCAUCAUACCAACCAUAGGGAUGUCCUCAUGUCGCGGAAGAGCCGAGGCGUUCGCUCGGAGUCUGUCCUCCAAGCUGCGCACCUUGGGAUCACAGACAACCGAGGAGGGCGAUGGCAACGCGGAGGUUGAGCCAAUCAUCAAUGGAACCAGCACGAACACGUGGGUGAACUCCCACGACUCGGAACAGACGGUGACGGACCUGCAGCCCCUUCGCCAUGAGUCCGACUCCUUCUUCGACUUCGACUGCGAGCUGGAGUCGCCGGGGAGUCCCGUGGACGAGUGCGAGUACCUGCGCCUGAUCGAAACCGCCUCGAAUACGCCGCACAACUCUACGGCGGAGUCGGGCUACGCCUGCGCUUCAAUGGCCAGCAGUCACAGCAGCAGCACCGACGGCCCCUACUUCGAUGCCUCCGCUUCCGCUUCCACAUCCACAGCCGCAGCUGCCCAGGACCAAAAGCUGCCAGCCUCGGAACUCAAGGAGUAUGUGAAUACCAUACAGCAAAACGGCAGGCAUGGACUGGUCAACGGAGUACAGGAGAAGGAGCAGCCAGCUGUUGAGGAGCCUGCUCAGGAGGACGAGGCCUUCUUGCAGGCCCAGAUCCUCAAUGAAAUUCACCAACACAGCAUCAGUUUGCGGGCCGUGGAACAGACCAAGCCCGAAGAGGAGCCGCUCAGCAAUGGACACCUCGAGGAAGCGGAGGAGAUGGAACUGAAGGAAGUCCUAGAGGUAGCUGGUACUACAGACAGAGCUCCAGAGUUGGUCUCCACAGAAAGAGCACACAAAGAGGUCUCACAAGAGGAGGAAGUCUCCACUGACAGAGCCCAAGAGGAGUCCCCUCACGAUAGAGUUCAAACAGAAAGGGUUCAGGAUGAGAUCCCUUACGAGAGAGUUCAGCAAGAAACCCCCAUCGACAGAGUCCAAGAGGAAGCCUCCAACGAGAGGGUUCAACAGGAAGCCUCUACAGAAGCCUCCUCUGAAAGAACCCCCACAGAGGAGACCUCCUCCACCGACAGGACCCUUCAGGAAACCGGAGACCUGGAACUCUCGCCAGACAGUGGCGUGGACGAAACAGACAAAUCGGCCAGCAAUCUCACCGUGAACGUGGACAUGGCCCAAAUCGAACAGGCCAAACAAGAUGCCACUGAGGCUGUGGAGAAGAGUGGUGCCCAGAGUCAUGGUAUCGAUACCACAGACGACGAGGACGAUUGCAGACCCCAGCGCAUCAGGCGCUGUUCCUCCCUAAAAACGGGAAAGACACCGCCUGGAACUCCGGGCCGCAAGAAGAUAGUGAGGUUCGCCGAUGUCCUUGGCCUGGAUCUGGCCGAUGUGAAGACCUUCCUGGACGAAAUACCCACCAUACCGAAGUCGGCGUUCGAGGACCUGGAGAUACUGGAGUCGGAACCGCCCCUUCAGAUGGGCCCCAAGUCCGACAAGCUACUGAUGCCUCUGUUCCAGCAGCCAGGUGGCCUGCCCAAGUUCCUCGAUGCGGUGAGGGAGAAGCAGGUGUCGCUGGAGAACGCCGCCGUGUCGGACAACAUCAACCAGACGAUAUCCGGAUCGGUGCGCGUCCGGAAUCUCGACUUCCACAAGUCGGUGCACAUAAGGUACUCGCUGGACGGGUGGAGGAGCUAUGCCGACCUGCAGGCCAACUACGUGGAGAACUCCUGCGACGGCUUCUCCGACAUCUUCACCUUCGUGCUGUUCGGGAACUCGCUGCACGUGGGCCAGCGGCUGGAGUUCGCCGUGCGAUUCCAGUGCAAGGGCCAGCAGUUCUGGGACAACAACUACGGGGCCAACUACUGCUUCCAGUGUCUGCCCAGCUCGACACAUACCGCCGGCAGCUCGACGGCAUCGCCCCCGUCCGUGGUGACUGGCCCCGUUACCUCAGGCCACGGUGCCAGUCUGGUCGGAAUGCUAAGCCCCACGGCGGGCGAUGCCUGGUGCAGCUCCUUCUACUAACCGGUGGCGAUGGGCCCGCACUAAUGGCACUUGCACACCGUACAGAAUCCAUCCCCCAUCCAUCCCCAACCCACGGACACGACACCAAGGUCUGGGUUCCUCCCGACCUUGAAGUUGUGUCUACCUACCGAGAGAAUUCGAAUCCCCAAGUCCCAGAUGACCGGCCAGACAGAGAUCACAGAUCAGAAUACCUACCUUCAUUGGGCUACCUCUUCGUUAGGGUGUUUCGAUCUUGCAAUGGAAAUUCUGAAUGGGAAUAAGUAAUUUUAUGACAGUUCUUCGAGUCAAGUAUCCACAUCUGAAACUCAAUUCACAGAUAGAUGUCAUAUUUGAACACUCCUUUACAAGAACUGCGUUUUUAUCUCAGUUUUAUAGCCUAACGGGAGCUAUAAAUAGAACUAGCAAUCUAUAAAUACCUAGAGCUGAUAUAGGUUCAACACCUUAUCAGUUCAUAAAAUAACUUAGAUAAAAACUGAGUUUGAGUAAAAAGGUAGUUACUGUAAAAUACCCACGAACUGUCUUUAAAUUACUGUACUCCCUCGGGAUUUUCAAGUUUUUAAACAAUAAUAAGUCGAAUCACCCUACCCUUCCUCGAGAAGGCAAACAUUGUUUAUAUUUUAUAGAACGGAAUAGAUUGAAGGGUUAGUGAAGGAGGAAGCUAUGAAAAGCUAAUAGAGCGCCACAAAAACAAAAGAAACAAACCAGAGUAGUGCGAACAAGAACAAAAGCCAGCAAAGUUCGAAUCAAUCCCAAAGAUAGUCGUUAGUCGUAUGUUAUAAGAAGAGCAAGUGAUAACAAACUAAAAUCAGAUCAGUUUCUUCAA